CCCCGUGGCCGUCAGGUGACGGCGGGGCCGGGGGGGGGCAGCCCCCACUUCCCCUUUCGGGCCCAUAAAGGCCCGGCGGGGCCACGCGGGGGGGGGGGGACGCGAGGGGGACGCGACGAUGCUGGCCCUGUUGUGGGUGGCGGUGACGGUGACGGCGGUGGCAGCGGGGGGGGGGGCGCUGCAGUUCCUGGCCGUGGGUGACUGGGGGGGGGUCCCGGACCCCCCCUUCGCCACCCCCCGCGAGGUGGCCACGGCGGCGGCCAUGGGGCGAGCGGCCGCGGCCCCCGGCGCCGACUUCGUGCUGGCCCUGGGGGACAACUUCUACUACCGGGGGGUGCGCGACGAGUGGGACCCCCGCUUCCAGGACACCUUCGAGCGGGUGUUCGCGGUGCCGGGGCUGCGGGCGCUGCCCUGGUUCGUGCUGGCCGGGAACCACGACCACGCCGGGAACGUCACCGCGCAGCUGGCCUACAGCCGCCGCUCCCCCCGCUGGCACUUCCCCCACUACUACUACAGCCUUCGCCUGCGGGUGCCGGGCACCAACGCCACGGCGCGCCUGCUGCUGCUGGACACGGUGCUGCUCUGCGGCGCCGCCGACGACUUCGGCCCCGGGGCCCCGCCGCGAGGCCCGGCGGACGCGGCGGCGGCGGCGGCGCAGUUGGCCUGGCUCCGGGCCCGCCUGGCCGCCGCCGCCCGCGACCGCUUCGUGCUGGUGGCCGGCCACUACCCGGUGUGGUCGGUGGCCGAGCACGGCCCCACCGCCUGCCUGCUGCGCCUGCUGCGCCCGCUGCUGCGGCGCCACCGCGUCACCGCCUACCUCUGCGGGCACGACCACAACCUGCAGUUCCUGGAGGAGGACGGCGUGGGCUACGUGGUGAGCGGGGCCGGGAACUUCAUGGAGCCCACGCAGCGCCACGGGGGGGCCGUGCCCCCCGGCGCCCUGCGCUUCUUCUACGGGGCCCCUGAGUCCCCCGGGGGCUUCGCCCACCUGCGCCUCGAGCCUCACGCCGCCACCGUCACCUUCCUCGAGGCCACCGGCCGCGUCCUCUACCGUGUGGCGCUGCCCCCCAGGGACCUCUGAGCCCCCCCAUCACGGUUGGGACCCCCCCCCCCCAUAAUGGUGGCCCCCCCCAUAACGAUGUGGGACCCCCCCCAUAUCAGUGGGACGCCCCCCUUCACGGUAGGACCCCCCCCACAAUGGUGGGACCCCCCCCCAUAGCGAUGUGACCCCCCCCAUAAUUUUGGGACCCCCCCAUCACGGUGGGGCCCCCCCAUAACUUUUUUUUUGGGGGGGGCGAUCGAGGACCCCCCUCAGAGGCCCCGGGGGGCCUUGGUCCCGCCCCCCCCCCAGCCUUCACAGUGGGGUCCCGUGCUUGUGGGCAACGGCUGCGCCCCCCCCUCAAAUAAAGACCUGCGAAGGCCCCAAAAUGG